GCUCUGACGAUCUCAGGUAAGCGGUGGUGACGUCAUCCAGCCGCUCAGGUAGGUCACGCCGUGCCACUCAGGGAAAUACUCGCAACAUUUGUCCUCAUUUCAAAAAGCAAAUCCAAGUAAACUCCAGACUUGGGUAUGGAUAAACUCAAAUCGGUUUUAAGCGGCGAGGAAUCGCGCAGAGAAGAUAGGACGAUUUUAGAGGCGGCGAACGAAGCAUCCACGUUGGGCUGGGGGACUCGCGUGAAAGGAUUCAUCGCCUGUUUUGUGAUCGGAGGAGUUUGCGCCAUUCUCGGGGUGUGCUUACUUUUCAUCCCCAGGAUCGGCAUCAUCCUAUUCAUCGUCUUUUACACGUUUGGAAAUAUUUGUGCCCUGGCAAGUACCAUGUUCCUGAUGGGCCCCGUGAAGCAACUGAAGAGGAUGUGUGACAAGACAAGAGCGUUGGCAACCACCAUAAUGAUUACUUGUCUAGUCUUGACUCUCUGUGCCGCUUUCUGGUGGAAAAACUUUGGUCUGGCGUUGCUGUUUGUCAUCCUGCAAGUGUUGUCGUUCACUUGGUACAGCCUUUCUUACAUCCCAUUUGUCAGGGAUGCCAUCUUGAGGUUGGUGGCCAUGUGCAUGAAAUGAGGCCUUUGCCUGGUGACAUCAAUAUUGCAGUUUUUUAUUUAAGGGAGAGGUGUGUGUCCCCCCCCCCCCUGGCUUUUUUAUUUUUUAUAAAUGAAAGUGGGGUGCAUGUGCAUUAUGUAUAUUUCAUUCUUCCUGUAUCUUUUUGUAUGUUUAUACACAAUUAUGGUUUUUGUUGUAUAGUAUAUAUUUCAUUUUAAAUUAAAAUGUUUUACCUGAAAUGUUUCUGCUACUGUAAAGUAUCACAACUUGAUGCAUCACAAUAAAAAACGUAAAAAAAGCCAA